AUGUCGAACCUCAUCCGCGACGCGCCUCUCGGGCAACUCAUUCGACUUAUUACUCGGGACAAAUACCUGCGGUACGCUGAGGAGGAACCCGACUUCCAGCUACCAUUGCCCUAUGUCGAAGCUCUCGAGACGCUGCGACAAGAAAAGUACCCAACCACGAACGCAUUGUUUCCAACCAACCCGUCAAAUGAAUCGAUCGACUCAUGCUGCAAGAAAGCUCCAGACAACGAGUCGACGUCUGGUUGCGAGGCACCUCAAGACAGGACCGUACUACACAAAGACUUCCAGCCCGCCAGCAAGACUCUCGAUACGCCAAGGGUUCUCCCCGGCGGAACAAUUCUCGUAGACUGGUAUGGGCCCACAGAUCCCGAUAAUCCUCAGAACUGGAGUUCGAAAAAGAAGGCAUUGGCAGCUGGUAUCAUCGACCUCUAUACCUUGACCGUAUAUGCCGGCUCCGCAAUCUGCACUCCCAGCUACGAAGGCAUCAUGGAGCGCUUUGGGGUCUCGAUACAGGUCGUCUCACUGCUGCUGUCCAUGUACGUCCAAGCAUACGGCAUCGGUCCUAUGCUUUGGUCACCACUUUCCGAGAUCCCUUCCAUCGGACGCAACCCUCCGUACAUCAUCACCUUCGCGGUUUUCACGAUCUUGAUCGUCCCGACCGCCCUGGCCGAGAACUUCCCUGGUCUCGCCGUACUUCGCUUUCUCCUCGGAUUCUUCGGAAGUCCUUGCCUCGCUACCGGCGGCGCGUCAAUGGGAGAUUUAUACGACUUCGCCAAACUCCCCUACGCCUUGUCUCUGUGGGCUUUCGCGGCAGUCUGCGGGCCCGCGACAGCUCCGCUGAUCUCCGGCUUCAGUGUUGCCGCUGAGAAUUGGCGAUGGGCCUUCUGGGAGAUGCUAUGGAUGUCAGGACCAAUUUGGAUACUCAUGUUCUUGCUGCUACCAGAGACGUCUUCUCCGACGAUCUUGCUCCGUCGAGCUCGUCGAUUACGUGCAGCCACUGGCAAUCCGUCCUUCAAGAGCCAGUCCGAGAUCGAUCAAUCCAAGAUCACAGUCCACGACCUCGUCGUCGAGUCCCUAUGGCGUCCGAUGCAAAUGAUGCUCCUCGACCCUUCCGUUGCCUUCACCGCUAUCUACUGCGCCCUAGUCUACGGAAUCUACUACUCCUUCUUCGAAUGCGUGCCUCUAGUCUUCGGCCAAAUGCACGGCUUCAAUCUAGGAGAGCAAGGCUUGAUAUAUCUAUCCAUCCACAUCGAGGCCGCCAUUGCAAUUGCGUUCUAUUGGAUCUAUAUAUGCUGGUGGGUGGAGCCAACUGUUCGAGCGAACAAUGCCGGUCCACCAGAGCGUCGCUUGAUACCAGCUCUCCCAGCCUCGAUUCUUAUGCCGGUCGGUUUGUUCAUCUUCGCGUGGAUUGCCUCGCCAGAUAUCCAUUGGAUCGCACCAACUAUUGGAAUCACCAUUUUCAUUAGUGGCAUCGUCGCCAUUUUGCAGUGCAUCUUUCUGUACCUCCCUCUGUCAUACCCGCAGUAUGCAGCCUCGCUGUUUGCUGGUAAUGACUAUGCUCGCUCGACGCUGGCGGCGGCGACCAUUCAUUUCUCGCAGCCGCUGUACGAUAAUCUUGGGGUUCCGAGAGGUGUGACGCUGCUGGCUGGCCUGACCGUCGGAUGCAUCGCUGGUGUCUUUGUGCUAUGGCACUAUGGGGACAAGCUAAGAGAGAGGUCGAGAUUUGCUCCGACGUAG